ACUAGUGGUACCACAGAGGAAAAGAUACAUUUUUGGCCAAGAGGAAAACAUCAUCCAGACAACAUCUGCAGCGUUUGGAGUUGAGAUGUCCUCUCACACGAAGCUGCCAGCUGACUGAAGAAUUUGAGCUGGUCCCGAUGAAAACGUCACUUCAGACAUGAACGACCCUCAGCUGUCAGCGUGAAGACUAAAGACACCGCGAUGGAGUUCCCCCAGCAUUCCCAGCAGCUGCUCUCAGCUCUGCGUUCCCAGCGGCAGCGAGGCUUCCUCUGUGACUGCACCGUCCUGGUGGGCUCAUCUCGUUUCCUGGCUCACAGAGCUGUUUUGGCUUCCUGCUCACCUUUCUUCCACAUGUUCUACUCCGACUCUCCUGGGAUUAGUGGCGGGAAUGGCAUCAGCAGCUCUGUCACGCUCGACAGCGAUAUUGUCACGGCGGCUGCUUUUGGCUUGCUGUUGGACUUUGUCUAUGAGGGCGUGCUGCACCUGAAUGAGUCUCCACCAGUAGAGGAUGUAUUGGCUGCCGCAAGUUUUCUUCACAUGAACGAGGUUGUGAGAGUAUGCAAGAGACGGCUGCAGCGGCGAGGGCCUCUGGCUGAAGCAGAUAGCACCCGCUCUGAGGAGAAUGCUGGAGCAAGGAGAACCACAGAGACAGGGAGACAGGGUGGGGUUGACAGUGGACCCGAGCCUAUGGCACCUUUGGCAGAUCAUUUAAAUCCAGCAGCAAUGAUAGCAUCACUGUCAUCAGUAACCACAGCAGAGAGGAGUCAGCUGGAGGCUGUGAAGUCUGAGGAGAGAACAGGUGGGGGGGUGUACAAAUCAAGAGCCCAGACUCCUCUCAGUCCAAACCUGGCUGAUACCACACAGCCUGGCAUGGACGCCCCUCCCCUGCCCCCAGGUGUGGAGCUGGUGAUCACAGGCCGGUCUGAACCUGCCUCAGGAGUUCAUGUCAGGUUAAGGACUGGGGGCCAGGGAGAAGGUUCAGCACUCUGCAGUCCAUGCAGCUCUACAGAAUCCUACAGUGGUAACCAGCAGCCCUCCUCAUCCUCUUCCUCCCUGGUACCGGUGAGCCAGGUCCGAGGUCGCUCAGUUGUGGCUCUUUCAAACUCAGAAUCAAGUCUCAGCCCCAGUCCCCUUCAGCAGGAGACACCAAGAAUACCCAGUCAGGACUCUGUGAGGAACGCCUCAGAGAAUGACAUCAGAGGUGGAUCAGGCGGAGGACAGCAGGUGGUAAUGUUUAUCCAGACACCAGCAGGAACCUCACAUGGAGAAACCCACUUAAAUCACUCACAAUUGCAGAGUGAGUUCCCUCAGAUUCGAAUCCAAAGUGCCGUCUCACUCCAGCAACAAAGUUUAGACUCCCGCCCUGCUCAGUCUCAAACUUUAAAGGUGCCUGAGGCAGGAGCAUCUCAUAGUGGUGGAGUGAGGACAGGCGAUAAAGAUGACGAGAAUGUGAAAGUUAAAGUUGAGGCCAUUGUUAUAUCUGACGAGGAGUUGGAGGAGGAACAAGAGGAAAGCGGAAAAGGAGAUGCAGUGAUGGACGUAGAUGACGAAUUUGAAGAGGAGGACCUGAAUAACCCCCAGUAUCUCUCCUCCAACCAGCAGGACCUCUUACAAAUCACCGUUCAGUCCAACGACUACUCCUACCCUCUCUCUCCCUCCUCCUCCUCCUCAGGCGCCGGCCCUUCCUCCCAGGAUACUGCCUCCUUCAAUCCUCCGCCCACCACUCAGAAUCAGUCAGACCCUCCUUCCUACUUCCAGGACUUCCAGGACUCUUUAGGGAACUUUGCAGAUGACGUCCCCACGUGUGAAGCCUGCGGAAAGACUUUCUCAUGUACAUACACACUACGGCGCCACGCCAUUGUUCACACGCGUGCGCGUCCAUACGAAUGUCACUACUGCUACCGGAGCUACACGCAGUCAGGCGACCUGUACCGACACAUUCGCAAAGCUCACGACCGCUCACUGCGCACCAAACGUACCAAGGUUGACAAUGAGAUGUUAGAGCCGCCACAGCCUCCACCGCCGCCGCCGAUACCACCUCUCCUCUAACACAUAAAAACAACUGCAUACCUGCCAACAAUCCUGUUUUUAAUCCUAGUUUAGCCCUUAUUUUGUGGCUACCUCCUGUUUUGUAUUUUCACUUGGGAGAGUCCCUUACUUUUUGUGAUCCUACUAUAAACAGGCUAAUUCAUAAACGUAGAGUCCUGAAUGUUUUAUGUCCCAAUUCAAUUUCUCCUCCUAUAUGAACAGUCCUACAAAAAAAAGGGGGUAAACGUGGACUUCAGCGCCGCAUAGUUCCAUCUGUGCUGAAAAUAUGACAUCCUUGUACUCGUGUUGAAUUUAUGGAUUAAAAACCAGAUCUAAAGUUAAUACCCCUAUAUCUGUAUAAGGAAAAGCAAAGGAAACCUCUCUGUCAUUGCACCAGGAUUAUUGGUUUAAGAAUGAUGUUAAUGUUAAAAAUAGGGCUAACAAAUUAAUUCCAUAAAUUGAGAUAAAUCGCAGAAUUUCUGUUAAUCGCUAUUAAUCACAUCCUUUUUAUUACAUUUAAACUUUUUGUAUCAUUUUCAAUUCUUGCACUGUAUUCAACUAAUGAUUAUUAACUUCCUGUUUGGAUACAAACCUGCUUUUAUAGUUAGAUCGCAGAUUUUAAUGUAAACUCAAACACAGAAAAAGGAACUUGUUAUGUAUCUGAACAGUAAAAAAAUACAUGUUUGAUACCAAGAAGUGCAGAUGACCUUUGACUUGUCCGCUUAGGUGUCCGAGUUUUUUAAAUUAAAAUGAGACAUUAAAGGUCACAUAUUUUACCCCUUUAAGACAAGUUUAUAUUGGUCUCAGAGGUCCC